AGUGCCUCGCGCGAAUAGACUGUGUUCUUAGUGCCCUGCCGCACGCGCUUGCGCCGGGCAGAGCGCCUUCUCUGGGAUGCCACCGGAGGAAAGUGCGGGGAGGGGGAGAGACUUGUCUGACCGCGUCACAUGACGCGAGCCCAGCUAAGAGCUCUAGGGACCAUCCCAAGGUGCCUGCCGCAGCCUCGGCGCCUGUUCCUCUCCCUUCUAAUCCCGAACCCUCCCUGCCCCUGGGCACGGGAGUCGUCUGAAGCGAGGCGGAGCCUGGAGAUAGAUACCCAGACUCAGAGAUUUAAAUUUCAUUCCCAGGUCGAACAAGGGAGCAGCAGCAGCAGCACCUCCGGCGCAGAGCUGCCGACACGCGCGUCUCCCCGACUCAGUCCUGCCGUCUCCUCCGGUGCUGCUCGCUCGGCCGGCAGCCCUCCAGCCAUGGGUCACUCCGUCGCCUCCGGAGAGCCGGGCCUCAUUGCCAACGUAGUGAACGACACCCUGGAGUUCUACCGCUGGACCUGGAGCAUCAGAGAUAAACGUGUUGAUGACUGGCCCUUGAUGCAAUCUCCAUUUCCCACACUAACUAUAAGCACUCUUUACCUCCUCACUGUUUGGCUCGGACCGAAGUGGAUGAAGACAAGAGAGCCUUUCCAGUUGCGCUCAUUGUUGAUAAUCUACAACUUUGGAAUGGUCCUACUUAACUCCUAUAUUUUCAAAGAGCUAUUUAUGGCAUCAAGAGCUCGAGGAUAUAGCUAUAUCUGUCAGACUGUGGAUUACUCAGAUAAUGAAUAUGAAGUUCGGAUAGCUGGAGCUUUAUGGUGGUACUUUGUAUCAAAAGGGAUUGAAUAUCUGGAUACAGUAUUUUUCAUCCUAAGAAAGAAAUUUAACCAAAUCAGUUUCCUUCAUGUCUAUCAUCAUUUCACUAUGUUUACCUUGUGGUGGAUUGGCAUAAAGUGGGUAGCAGGAGGACAAGCUUUUUUUGGAGCCCAAAUUAAUUCUUUUAUUCAUAUUGUUAUGUACAUGUAUUAUGGAUUAGCUGCCUGUGGCCCUAAAUUUCACAAGUAUCUUUGGUGGAAACGAUAUUUGACCAUAAUGCAGCUGAUGCAAUUCCAUGUGACGAUUGGCCACACGGCCAUGUCUAUUUAUAUCGAUUGUCCCUUUCCUAAAUGGAUGCACUGGGGUGUCAUUUUCUAUGCUACCACUUUCAUUUUCCUGUUUGGUAACUUCUACUAUCGGACAUACAAGAUGCCCAAGCAGCCCGUAAAGAACGGCAAAAUUACCAAUGGUGUUGUGGCAAACGGUAUAAGCAAACCAGAAAAUGGUCUAGUUGUGGAAAAUGGAAAAAAGCAGAAAAAAGCAAAAGGAGAGUAACUUGAUCCAGGCCUUAACCAAUGUUGGCAGUGAGGAGUCUCCAAUCUGGUUGUAAAAGAAAAAGAAACGUUAUCCUAUCUAUACCAAUUGACCUUUAGGUUAUUGAAGAGAUAGAACACAUUAUUUAUGAAGAUUGUUUUAACAACCCUUCAACUUAAAAUUUCUAUUGUAAUUAUGUAAUUAUUAAGAAUCUCAUGAUCUCUGUGUAAACUUUUAGACUGCUGGUGUUGGUAAUGUAAGAAAGAAUUGCUGAAAUGGCAUAUGUGUCAGUCUAGAGGUUAAUAUUUCAAUUAACCACUGACUUGUUGGAGCAGACAUUUCUUUGAACAAACAGAUAGCUUAUAAAUCCCUCUGAUUCUGCCAGAAAUUUUAAGACCAAAUAAUUCCCUAAUUAGAACAUGGACUUUCUCUUACCCUCUUUUAUCAUAGUUUUGUUUGAAUUCUUUUAGGCCAGAUUAUACUAAUUUUUCCUUCAUGCCUGUUACAAUUUCUCCUACUGUGUGGAAAUACACCUACCUCUUCUGCUGAAAACAACAUUUAACAUUAAAUAAUACUAAUUUCUGAAAUAUGGAGUCUACCAAUAUAAAUUUUGUUUUAUGCUCAGAGGAAAAAUUUUGCUUCUUGUUAAAAUGUAUUUUCAUUCCGUUUAAGAAAUCAUGGUAUUUCUCUUUCUCUAAAGAAAAAACAUGCAAGGUAUUUAUUUGAAACAAAGAACAAAUGAUGGCCUAAGACAACCCCUAUGUCUAAACUAUUGUUUGCUGUCUCCAGAUGCAUGAACCUAUGGUGCUAAUGCUUAUGGAAAUGAUUGAAUGUUACACUGAGCGAGGAACAAAGUACAGAACUCAGUUCUUAUUUUGCUAAUGGCCUAUUUAUUUAGUACCAGUCAUGUUAAAUGAGAAGAGCAACAAUAUAUCAGAAUAGAGUGUCUUGCAGUUCAGAGCCCUAAUCCAGUAGUAGGACAAUUUAGUCAUGACUAACUUGUUCCAUUGAGUUCAAUGGGGCUUAGCCAUGAUUCUCUCUAGCUGGAUCGGGUCGAAGGCUUAAAUGGCAUGAGUAAACACACUUAAGAGAUGUACUGUUGUGGACUGUUUACUCACAAGAUGGUUUUGUUUUUUAGUACUGUAAUAAUUGCAGACUCAUGAUCUGUUUAAACAAGUACUGUACAUAUACACAUGUGAUUGUUCCUGAAAGAGGAAUAUUGGCUGGUGAGAUUCAAUCUCUUCUGUACAAUCAGUUUUUCUAAUCUAAUUCCCAUGGCUGUUCUGCUCACCAUUCCUUCUGCUGCAUCAUUAUGACUUCUCUAAUGCUUUUUGUCAGAGUACCUCAAGGUCUUUUCCACCAUGAACACUACACUACUGUGAAGAAAGUACAAUAAAGAUUCAUCACUUGCACAGCCUUGAAAAUUGAUGGAGAGAGAAGUCAUUAUUUGCUCCAGCAUGGAGUGAUCUUGAGGCAAUGCUGGAACUAGAACUGAGGUCUUUAGAUUUCUCUGCACGAAUGCAAGAGCCAAUCCUCAUAUAUUUAUGAAAGAGAGACUUCUCACUAGCAGUGUAUUUCAUACCUUGAAAAUAAAGCUAUCUAGUAGAGACAGAAGUUCAUAGAAUACUCUGUUUUACGUUUACCCAUCUUGUAUCAGCUAUAAUAAACAACGGGAGAACAAAAGCCACAAAGUUCUGAUGUCUAUGACUUAAUGGUUUUACCACAAAUUCAGAUUUUCCCAAAACAUAACUUGAAAAAUUAAUAGAUAUCUUGUUACUGAGCAUAGUUACCUGUUAUCUUGGCUAACUGGUCUCCAAAAGUAACCCUAAGUGGAUGGUGAAAUACUGACUUGGAUUGCACAAGCAAAUCUAUCUGAUCUCAACUGGUCUGGGACCAUUAACUGCUCUGUUCCAUCUAAAGGUUUUCUAAAAGAAAGCACAAAAGAGGAGGUUUCCAUAAGGCAACAAACAUCCAAGCAAAUCUAAGCACUUUGAAAUCCAAUUGGUUUCAUUUGGGGAGAAUUAAUGAUGUGCUUAGUCCCUCUUUUGAAUUAAAUGGGACUUGCAUGUGUUUAAAUAAUGGCUGAAUUGUGCCUUUAAUGUGUGGAGACAAAGGCUGACAUGAUGUUCAUUGUCACAAUGGUGUGGACCACACUGGGGCUGCUGCAGGCACAUAACGCAGUCCCAACGCUGUUGAGGCAUGAGCAGUAGCAUGAUCAGGGCUGUCGCAGAUAUUCCCAUUGUGGUGAAUGGAGUAUCUGCAGCAGCUCUGACUGUGCAAUCACUCAUCCUCAACCACAUUGGGGCUGCCUCACGUGACUGCAGCAGGCCAGACAGCUCACAGCAUUUAUAAGACACUGCACAUCAUGUCGGCCACUAAAUAUUUUUUAAAACUUGUCUGCAUAUGUAUUAAUCCUGUUUGUAGCAUAUCAGUCAUUCAGCACAGCAUGUGAUAUUCUGUGGUAAUCCAAACCACAUAAACUAUUUGAAUCAAGAUGUAGAUGACCUUAGCAUUUUUAUGCUUAUGGUGCUAUUGAGAAAUAGUUCUUCUGUUACAGGGCUAGUAUGAUUUUUACCACACCUUUUGAUGCAGAUUUCAUGAGGCAUAACAUUUUACAUACUUAAGGCCUAUGUAUUGUGUGUGGUAGAGAUUCAUAUCCAUGAGAAUCCAAGCUAACCCAGUUGUGCAAUUCCAGCAGAAUAUCCCUGCUUGGAUUCUGGGUUAUUUGUUGCUUGUGAACAAGGGAGUUGUUGGCAGUGGAGCCCAAUCUGCCACAGCUGAGUAAUAAGUAUUUCUCAAUUCAAAUUGCACCCACAGGCAGAUCUGGAUCUAGAGCUUCCCUGGCAUGCUAGUCAUUGUGGCAAAUGCUAUUCGACAAGUGGCAGAGAUUUAGGGCUCUUUUCACACACUGCAUUUUCUGCACAGAGAUGAACUGCAUUAUAAUACAUGGCUGAUGGCACAGUUUUCUUUUUCUGGCACAUGCUCAUAAUUUGGAGAACCACUGCAUUUAUCGGCUUCCUAAUCUAUGCUCAUGUGGCCAGAGAGCCAUUAUUGCAGCUGUGUAGCUCAGGGUUUCUUAACCUUGGGCCCCCAGAUGUUGAUGGACUACAACUCCCAUCAUCUCCAGCCAUGUCCAUUGUGGCUGGGAAUGUUGAGAGUUGUAGUCCAUCAAUAUCUGGGGGCCCAAGGUUAAGAAACCCUGGUGUAGCUGUUUAUCUCUGGGUCAAGAAAACAGUGUCCUGUGACCCUAUGUGAGACACCUGAGUGUACUUCUCUUCUGCAGAUGAUUCCUAGACUUUUAAUUGCAUGCUUCUUUGUAUGGCUGAAGAUGGAAUAUAUUUUAUAUCUUUGUGAGGUUUGGGGGAACAGUGUGAGAAAGCAGCAUGGUUAUAAGCGGAAUAUUUCUUAAUGCCUUUCUGGCUGUAUUUUCUCCCGUCUCUGAGAGUCGCCUCUCUGUUCUUUCAUUUUGCAUUAUGCUUAGAAGUACUUUGUAUUUCUGUAUGAAGUAUAGAAAUUAAUCCCUAGGUAAGACCAGGAAAGACGCGCCCCCCCCGCCCUGCAACACACAUACAAGGAUCCGCUGCCCGUCAGUGAUCCAUCCAACACUGAGCUGGAUGGAUCAAUGGUCAGCUUGAGACAGCUGUAUGGCAGCUGUAUGUGUUCAUAUGCUAAACUGUAUAAGGAACUGCUUAUCCCCAGAUUCACCAUAAUCAGGGCCUCAUGAAAACAAAAUGAUUUUCAUGCAUGAAUUUCGGUUCUGUAUAGGAAAACAACAUGAGGAGCUACAGUUGAAAAUGAAAGCCCAGCUUGUGACAGUUUUUCCUACUAUGUGGAUCCCUGAUUUUCCCUUUGAGAGGAAGUCCUGUUCCACUUUAUUCAAAACCUUAGAUUGCAUAAUCUCCAAUGGCAUGAUUAAAACAAUAUAAUUUAAUAUUAAUAUUAAUACACAUUUCUUAAUAAAAUGCAAAGUUGAGUAAUGUAUAGAUGAGUCAGUACUUCCAUUGGUAUUGAAUAUUAAAAGUAUAGGUAGCUUCUCCAAAAUAUUGCUGAAGUAGUGGGGGACGGAAACAUAUUUAAAGCUGGAAGUAAGAUUUUGUUACCUGAGAUUUUGUGCUCCUCAAAAUGUUAGCUAAUCAGAAUUUCAAAUGUCAAAGGUAUAUUUUGGAAAUAAUUUCUAGUAUCUUUAUCUAGAAGCUACAAACUAUUUUGAAAACUAUUAAUGAAGUAAUCCUCACAAAUCUCAUAAAACUGUAACCAUUGUAACAUUUUGUCUACUUCGUUAAAAAAAAGAAGGAAUAAUUCUUGUUUAAAACUUUAGCUCUCUGUCCAUAGAAGUCAUUGCUGAUGAAUCUCACCAAUCCUCCUUUCCAAUCAAGUGGGAGAGGGCAACAUGGGGCAGUAAAAUGAUGCAGGAGUGUUCCAGUUUUUCACUUUUCUUAGAUGAAGCAUCCUAUUAUGUCAGUCAAGUGUGUCAGAAUCAGUGCUUCUCUCUCUCUCUCUCUCUUAGUAAUGUUGCAAUUUGGGUGGGUGAGAUGGUUGAUAAAAGCUGAUUGCAUGUCACAAUAUUUUGCAUAUAUUACAAGUGCAAACAUCAUGAAAGCCCUUUUCAGAACUGUGUGAGAUAUAAAAUGACACGUUGUCUUUGUUAUACUGCCAACCUGAAAUAUGAUGUGUCAGAGUCAUUAGUGAAAAGUUCUCAGGAUUUUUAGAUAUCUGAAAUGUCAUCAGUGGAGCUGUAUUCGUACUAAAAGGACAUUUGACAUGUUUUUCUUGUCCCCCUAACAUUCAGAAAUGUAGCUGGUUUGCGUGUACAAGUAUGUGCGUGAUUGUUCUAUGUGCCAAUGUCCAGCUAAAGUAAGGAGACUGUGAACUGUAUUUUUUUAAUGGCCACUGGUGUUUAAUUUUCAACCAUUGCUUCUUUUUUAUUCUAAUAGUUACAUCUAAACCAAUUCCAUUCAACUGAUGUUCACACUGCUAUAUUCUGUCACAACUGUAAUAAGUUUUUGCAGCGACACUCCUCAAGCUGGAGGUUUUGAGAGAGAGCUGGAGGAUAUCAAGUUGGGAAUCACACUCUGUGCUACCAUCUGGAACAUGUUUUGGAUAAUGUUAAGAGUCUCUUCAUGCACAGCCCUCAAGAGUGGGUGGGGAAUAUUCACACCAUUGGCCCUCCUUUAAUGGUUGUGAUAUACACAUGCAUUCGAUUACCAUGUCGAGAGAGCUUCUUAGGGAAGCCGCUUCCCUGUGACCAUGUAUAUUAGGGCAGAGUGCAGACAGAGGUCUAGAGAUCUUCAUGGCCAUCAGUGCCAUGGUCCAAAGCAGGGGUUCCCAACCUUGGCUCUCUAGAAAUUGAUCGGCAACUGCCCGCUUUGGCCAAUGGGCCUGGCAAUGACAGGAGUUGUCGCCCAGCAACAUCUAGGUACCCAAGAUGGGGAACCCCUUGGUCCACAGGAUAGGACCCAAAGAGUGCCCUUUGUACAUGCAAGCCACUUCCAUGUAUACACUAGAACUUUGGUGUUUUCUUUUUUUCAGCUGCAGCUCCUCAUGUCUUGAGCUUGGACUCUCUGAAGGCCACACUUUGGUUUCUAGCAAAAUUCCAGGCCUUUUUGCAUAUUUACAGAAGGCAAAAGAUCUCAGCCCUCAUGACUGCCAAUUCAAAAAACAACACUGAUUUGACAGAUCCUCUUAAAAAUUUAAAAGUUAAAGAUGUCUUAGGUACAAGCAAUUUUUUUAAAGUAUGAAAUUGCUGCUGCAAAAAAUAAAUGCAACAGUGCAAAAGCAUGCAAGGACAUUUAUGAAAGUCUGUCCUUUUGUAUAAUGUCAAGAUAUCAGGUCAACAAUUAGGAUUGAGGUAUGCAGGAUUUUGAAAAUCUUGUUUGUUGUGGAAUUCUAGGCCUCAACAGUGUUGCCCUGGACACUGGCUGUAGUCAGUAGAGACUUCUUGACUCGCAGGCAGGUUUUGUUUCUGAUGCUUGUCUCUCAUAUUCUAGCAGCUAUAUAAUUGUGCCUUGGGUUAAUAAUAGGCGAGCCUGCUGUAUUUAAUUUAGUAAAUGGAAGAUGGGAUACUAUGUAAGGUGUUUUCUAUGGAAAUUUGCAAAUCCUAAUAUCUUUUCACAUACUGGAGAAAAGCAAUGAUUAGAAGAGAUACUGUCAUGACUGCUUGUUUGGCAAUGGGACGCAGGUCUUUUAUCACAUUCCACAUAUACCCACUAAAUGUAGUGGAAUCUUAUGAAAACAAAGAGUUAGAGCAGAACUGGACUCUACCCCAUUUGUUCAUUGAUUGCACAGAAAAAUACCGAAAGCAAGUUUCUAGUAUUUGGGCAACUGGAUCUAUUGGGAGACUGUUGUUUGGUUUGCCACAUUUGCCAGCACUUAAGCCAAAGAAAAUGUUAUUACAAGUUAAUUAAAGACAUUUUCAUGGUGCUAAGGGGCUAAUUGCAGGAUGUGGGCUUUUGAACAACAUUGCUGAAUGUGGAAAUGCAAAAGCACCAUGUGAAAACAACUUAAGUGAUGGAGAAAGGACCCACAGUAUUCUUCCUAUAAUAAGGAUAGAUAGGUAUGGUACAUAUGUCUUAAAUAUUAUCAUGAAAGCACAUUAAAUAUUACCAUGAAAGUUAAAACCAGGGACAUUACCUAAAAUAUAUAUUGCAGUUGAUUUGGGGUUCCAUUGCUUAUCUAAAGCAUUUUUUUAAAAAGUAAAGCUGUAUUCCUUCAUAUGGACUACUGACUUUAAGUACUGUUCUUGUUCGUGUUUAUAAAGUGACCUACUGGCUACAUACCUGGAUGUUUAUGUAUGGAUAGUGUCACAUGACUGCAAAAACAUUUGCUGAUGUGAUAAGCACAGUUGUUAAGCUGCUGAACACAAUUAGCAUUACUCAUGGACUAUGCAUAUUGAAUCAAUAAGCAGUUUCAAGUAUCUGGGAUUGACCACCCCCACAAAAAAGCACCACUGGAACCUAUUUAGUCUUAGUAAGAAAAUUAGCUGUUUUGAACAUGAUAUGAUCAAAAUUACUAUGCCAUGUUCAGAGUCAUUAUAGUCAGUUAAGUGAAUAAUUGGCAUUAGUCAUGAUCUUCUCUCUUCUAAAGAGGCAUUAGCCAUGAUCUUCUCUUGAUCAACAUUCUAUUUGCAAUCCUGUCUCUGAUCCAUAAAAGAACUGCUUUUGUGAAACAAAAUAAAAAAUAACAUAUGGACAGGUGAUCAUCAGCCCUGGCAAAAAUGAAAAUUGUCAGUUAUUAAAUUCUUAAUGUUUACUCUUGUUCAUAGAUACCUUGAGGGAGUCUACAAACAAUAUAGAUAAUUAUUUUUGCUAUUUAUUUAUUAAUGUAUAUACUGUAAGAAGAUAUUGUUCAUGGACUUGCUGUUUUGCAAAUUGUGUAUGAAGAUGAGGCCCCCUGCCUUAGCUUGCUUUCUAACUCUGGGCUCCACAAUCUCCUUGCACUAAGGACAGAGUGUAAUCCUGUAUGUCCAUGAUGUGAAACCUAAGAAAAUUGGUUUGUAAUUCCUUGUAAAACUUUUUUGAAAUUUUAAAAUGCUUUUGAGAGGGAAAUUUUCUCCAUGUGCUCCAUCGGCCAUAAUGUGCUAUUGGCCAUCAAGCAAAUGGAGUGUCCCAGCAAAUGAGCUUGAUAGAUUGCUAUCAACUAGUUUGGGUAUAUUAAAUGCAAAUACAUAGGCAUUUAAUAUAAGUAUACAAAGUACUUUACAAAAGGUGGGUGCCCUUAAUAACAAAGCAGACAAGUUUCCAGGUCAUUGAGAAAGACACAGCUAAAAUUUUGCAAGCUUACCUAUUUACUAAAAGAAUAUAACUGUGCUACACAAGACCACAAUUUUCUACUCUGUGAUAUCAAAAUACCAAUGUGUACUCAUAUGAGUGAUUAGAGCUAUGGAACUGAGUGCUUACUGAACUAAAUAUAUUUGUUAGAGUUUAUAAUAUUUAGAAUAGUUUAUAAUAUGCUGGUGUGAUCUGUCAAUGCUUGUUAAUAAAGAAAAAUGAAUAAGAAACCUUUCUAAACUUGUUACUUCCAUUUUAGGAAAUCACCCAAAACAUUAUUUGGGGUUGUUUAGGAAGCAUCCAUAUCCUACUGAGGAUAAAGUUAGUUGUAUCCUAAGGUGUCAUGCCUUGGGGCAGUCCCCCGCCACCCACCGCAGUCUCUCCCUCUAGGCACAGACCCUCCAUGCUACAUGCCACCCUGUUCCAGAGCCCACCCCCCCAACUCUAAGGAGCAAAAGUUGGGGGGGGGCACAGGAGGCCACCGAGGGAAGGGUGGGUUGGAGAAAAGGACCUCUCACUCCUUCAGUGAAUGGAAUUUCAUCUGCUUGCAGAAUGUCACCUUAGGAUAUUACCUUUUGCUUUAUUUUGGAUUGUGCAAAGUACAGCAUGACAAUCUGACUUAUUUCCAUGAAAAAUUGGUUAAGAAGACGACUUAAGUUAGUCACUUUCCAGGGGGAACCAUCAUGUUUGUAAGGUAAAGGCAGGGGCAGGAGGGCAGAACCAAAGAAGAACUGGUGGGCAGGAGCAGGUGCUUAACUUUCCCUUCCCACCAAUUUACCCCUGCAGAUCUCCCUGCCAGGUCUGUUUUAACUGAUUUCUCCCCAGCCAGGCUCUAAAAGCAAACACAGGUCCAGCUGUGUGGAAAAACCACCAGGCAGAAGGGAAUUUGCAGGAAUAAACUGGUGAGUGUCAGAGAGUUAAAUCCCAUCCACUGAUCCUCCUGUAAGUGCCUUCACUCUAACCAACACACACAAAAUAGCACAGUUCUACCCUCUGUCAGAAUUUAAUUGAUUUCAAUCUAUUUGAGGCCAAACUGCACAAUAUCAAAGUGUCAUUGUGCUGUUGUUCUUUUAAAAUAGCCACAGGGAAUCCGAUCUGGAUUGGGCCUACAGUUGUGGGGAGGGGUGAUUUUUGUUAGAUUCACAGUAUGGGGGGAUGAUUAAAAAUAAAACAACGCUCUCCCCACACCACAGACCUGAUCUGGUUCAUACCUUACACUCACAGUUGCUAUUGUGCGUGGGGUGGGGGACCUCAAAAGCACAGUGACUCUGUGUAUCCCAUCUAUUCUCUUAUGCCCAAUUACCUUUAGCUGCAUGAGGGCUAGCAGGUUUUUCCUCUUACCAAUAGAUUUCAUGAGAAUUUGCAGUACAACUCAAUCCACAUAUUUAUUCACUGGGUUUUUAGAAAGCUGAAUCUUUUGAAAUGAAUAGAAUUAUUAUUAUUUUUUGGAAGUAUGAUGUGGAAUUAUUAUUUAAUCUUAAUAUUUGAGUGGUUAAAGUAAAAGCAAAAUAUGAAAACUGAGGCCCUUUCAUACCAAAUGCAAAGUGCACAGUAAGCAAAGGCACUGUUACCCCUGGAUUUUGGGGCUGAAGUCCAGGGCCUCCAUAUCCUCUGGAGGUCCCAAAUCCUCUUCAGUCUGUCCUGGGUGGUAUGAUUUGUGUCCUCAAGAACCUACGUGUAAAAAAAUGAUGCUUAACUUGUAGUGUCAGAGGGGGGGUGGUGGAAUCCAAAAGCCUUUAGGUCCUGGCUCCAAAAUUACCUAGGUGCACCUCUGACCUAAGCACAGAACCGCAUUAAUUAAAGGCUCCUGAGUUAUUUGGAAUACAAUCUUCUCAGUGCAUGAUAGCAUACCUAAUCCUUUCUUCAAUACAUGCGUAGUCAUUGAAAUUGUCUCCCUGUAUUAGAUGGAUCAACACCCAUACAAUGAUUCAUAUCAGCAAAUGAACCUUCCUGUACAGGUCUGUGCAUUUUACAGCCUAGAGCACCAUCUUAGAGCUCUUUAAAUCUGCUUACAGAGCACCUGACCCAAAGCCUAUUUGGAUCAGACUCAGGAAACUGGAGGUGAAGGCACUGCAUUUGCUGAAAACUGUUGCCACAUGUGGCAUUAUUAUGUGGAACAGAUAUCAGGGCAUUUUCAUUUUCAAUUAUGUAAGCCUUUAAGUCUUUUUUAUAUUUUUAGGCUCAAGUAUUGCCUUAUGCAAGGUAUCUUCCUAUUUAUGGUUAGUAGCAAUAUAUGGUAUAAUGCUCAUAAAUUAAGGCGGGGAAAUUAAAAAAUGUAAUGGCCUGAUCCUGCUUCCUGUGGCUCCAAAGGGAGAUGGAUUAAACCAGUAGCUGCAAUCUCCCCUCAAAAAUCUAAUGCAUGUCUUCUGAAGAUUGUACAGAAACCUAGCAGAUACUGCUUCAAAUGUAAUAAUUCUUACUUUAGCCUUUUAGCAUUUGUAUGACUUACAACAUUUUUGCUACUGAAAUAUUUCCAUGGAUUGUAUUUGGGGAAUGGGGGUGGGGUUUUUAGGCUUCACUAUAGCCCUUUUUGGAUGUUAUGAAGAAGGACUCUUUAGAGCAGGCAUCCCCAAACUGCGGCCCUCCAGAUG